UUAAAUACAAUACCAGUGUAAUUACCAUGCACCCCCACGUAUCGUAGCAAAACCCAGAGAGUAAUUUAUUCCCUACAUUAAGGUCCACACUUCCUCAUUUACACCGUCCCCCUUUUCACACAGUUCCCAAUUCCCAAUCGCCACCGCCACCGCCGGAAAAUGACUACUUACGGCACAAUUCCAACCUCCUCUUCCCCCUCCGGCACGCCGGCCAACCUCGAGUACAUCUCACGCGCGAAGGAGCGCAUCAGGGAAGGCCUGGGCGACCGCCGCCCGUGGCGCGAGAUGUUCGACGUUCACUGCUUGAGCCUCCCGAGAUCCUUCCGGGAAGCGGUGGCGCGUGUGAAGACGAACUUCGGAUACUUCACGAUGAACUACGCGAUCGUGUUUCUCGUGAUUAUGUUCUUCAGCCUCAUCUGGCACCCGAUCUCGCUAAUCGUCUUCGCCGCCAUGGUGGCGGUGUGGCUGUUCCUGUACUUCCUCCGCGACGAGCCGCUGGUGGUUUUCGGCCGCCUGAUUUCCGAUAAGGUGGUCCUGAUCGUGCUCUCGAUUCUCACGAUCGGCGUGCUCUUGUUUACUGGCGCCAUCGCCAACAUCCUGGGUGCUCUGCUCGGCGGAGUUGUGGUGGUGUUGAUUCACGCCGCCGUGAGGAAGACCGACAGUUUGGGCGGCGAUGAGGAAGCUGCCGCCGGAUUGUCGAGGACUUCCUCUUGAUCUCGAUCUUCCAUUUUCAUAAUUUCCACUGUAGCUGUUGUGAAUUGAAUCGUUGAUUGUUUGGUAUGAGGUGAUGAUUGUUUGUUGUUUGUUGAAUUUUGGAAUUUUUUUUUUUUUUUUUUUUGGGGAGAAAUUUGUUGUAUGUCUCGAAUUUGUAUUUACUUUAAUAACUCUCUUAUUUAAUUUUCCUGAAAAUUAUGAAGUUCAAAAUGUGGAUUGUUGUAA